UAUUGUAUGUAUUAAAAAAUAUUAGUAAUUUUUAUCAAAAACACAGUUUACGCGUUUUGAAGGUAUAUAUUAUAUAUACUUCGCUAAAAUGUACUUUCAGGGUUAAAUUAAUAUUUGUUAGCUAAUUAUCGUAUUCUUCAAAAGUUACCAGUAUGAAACUCCUUUUUACAUUGCUAUAUCUUGCCGUUCUGACUGCCAGAGUACAUUUGACAGAUGUAGGCAAGACAGAAGGCAAAUUCGCCUUAUCAGAUUGCAUUCCCCCUGUCGAUACAGGAGUGUGCAAGGGACCCAAGCAGAGGGCGUUCAAGGAGUUUACCCCCAAGGAGAGGGCGUCCAAGGAGGUUAUCCCCAAGGAGAGGGCGUCCAAGGAGGGUACGCCCAAGAAGGUUACGCCCAAGGAGGUUACGCCCAAGGAGGUUAAUCCCAAGGAGGGUGAAAUUCAUGUCUGGAGAUAUAAUGUAUCCUCUAGGACUUGCGUAGAAGAUUAUGGAGGAUGCCAGGCCACCAACAAUAAUAAUUUUCAAACUUUUGAGGAAUGUAUUACUGUAGCAGAGCCAAUAUGUAGACGUUUAUAUUAUUUGUGAUUUAUCUAAAUUAUAGUGGAUAAUAUUAUAAUUAUGAUUUACAUUACAUUUUAA